AUGAACCCCAAGUCGAGGCGGCCGCUGACGAAGAGCGAGUCGGCGAGUGACCUGCUGGGCAGUACGUUGGCCGCACUCGACACCGUCAUCUCAGACGCGCAGCGGCACGAUGCGGGGAACGCCCCUCAAACCGGGAAAAAACGACAGCGCGGCGGUGAUGUUUUCGCUGCCAUGGCGGAGCCGCACCUCCACACACUCCAGUCGCUUGUCGUGAGUUACGGUGUGCAGCUGCUGCCCUCGGUCGACGCGAUGGUGCGGCGGGUGUUGUUGGCGGUGGCGUCUCCUACCACAGCGAAUACCGCCGCUUGGGAGCUGGCGGCGCUGCUCGGAACGUAUUUUAGGGGAGGUGUCGUGCGUUUGCUGGAGGAGCUGAUGGAACUGCUCCUGAAUCAAAAGGGCACUUUCCUGCUCACAGCGCCGUGCGUAGUUGGGCUGGCGAGGGCGGCAGGGGCAGGGGCAGGGGGCGAAUCAGAGGCGGAGGACGAGGAUGAGGACGACACGGCCGGUGUUCUGCGGCGUUUGCACGCCUUUGAGGAGCUGCUCCUCGCAGUGGGUCCAUGCAUGAGCGCCUCUUUGAUGCAGCGGGCAACGCUGCGCUUCGCCCAGGAGGUUGUGACGCGCGGCAUCCUCGACGCCCCACCCCCCGCUCCUCGGGUGGACGGCGGCAAGCCCAGUCGCGGCAAAAAGGGGAAUUUAAACGCCACUGACAUUAGCAGCAGUAAUGAUAAUAAUAAUAGCAAUAAUAAGCGCGGCACCCAGCAGCAGUCAACGGCCUCCGCCGCCGCGUUUAGCGUUGCGGAGGCGGUGCAACCCCGCUGUGUGGAGCUGCUUACGUCAUUCCUCCUGCUGUGCCGCCCGCUGCCUGCGGUGGUCUCGGUGUGCGCGGUGCGGGUGCUGCGGGAGCUGCCUGUGCGGCCAAUCACAGUGCGACACCGGCGUGAGCAUCAACAUCUGCUGCGCGCCGUUUCACGGCUUUCCGCAACGCUGACGGCGCUGCGACACCCGCACGCGCUCCCCUUCUAUCUGCCGCCGAUUGAUGUUGUGGAGACGCCAACGCGGCGCGUCACGACAGACGCGUCUUUAAGUGACAUUGAACAAGCGACAGGGGUUAAUAACCCCCAUCCACCCCAGCCGGCUUCUUCUCUUUCUCCUGUGGGGGCGACGCCGCAGCCCAGUGAAACGCGGAAUCCGGCGGCGGUGGAAACAUCUGCCUGUGCUCGCUCUGCUGAGUCCUCGUCACCGCGCCAACCGACCCGAGCGGUUCAGCUUCAGCAGCAGCAUUCGUUUGUGGAACCCGAACGAAACAGCGGACAGGAAGUGCUCUUAGCAGAUGUGCCGCUACAACAGAAGCAGCCGAAGCAAAAAUGGCAACGGAACACACCAGUGGUGCCGCCACCUCCCGCGGCUCUCGCCGCCGAUGAAACGGAUGACGAUGAUGACAUGCCUGACAUCGACAUGGAGGACUGA